AUGAGCCCGCAGGCUCGAGUGUACUUUCGUCGGGUUAUACGAGCUGCUGCUUUCUUCCUUCCUUCCCACUUCAGUUUUUCGCCUCUCUUUCCCCCGCGACUUAAACCGCCUGCGGUCCCUCCCUCCGUCUUUCUUAGACUCUCUUCGGAUUGCCUAGGAGAACGACGGGCAUAUUGUUGGGCUGCUUCCUUCUUGAAAAUGACACCAAAAGGCUUAAUUUAUAGUUUUGUUGCGAAAGGGACUGUGGUUUUGGCAGAGCACACUCCUUACUCAGGAAACUUCAGCACAAUUGCCGUCCAGUGCCUGCAGAAGCUUCCUUCUAGCAGCAGCAAGUACACAUACUCCUGUGACGGCCACACUUUCAGUUUUCUCCUUGACGGUGGAUUUGUUUUCCUUGUUGUUGCAGAUGAAUCAAUGGGGAGAAGCGUUCCUUUUGUCUUUCUUGAAAGAGUGAAGGAUGACUUUAAACAACAUUAUGGUGAUAGCAUCAAGAGUGAUGGUCAGCAUCCUCUUGCUGACGAUGAAGAUGAAGAUGAUGAUUUAUUUGAAGACCGAUUUAGUAUUGCAUACAAUCUUGAUCGAGAAUUCGGGCCAAAACUUAAAGAGCACAUGCAGUACUGUAUGAAUCACCCAGAGGAAAUGAAUAAGCUAUCCAAAUUGAAGGCUCAAAUAACAGAAGUCAAAGGAAUAAUGAUGGACAACAUUGAAAAGGUUUUGGAUCGUGGCGAGAAGAUUGAGUUGCUGGUAGAUAAAACAGAAAAUCUUCAGUUCCAGGCUGACAGUUUUCAGAGACAAGGAAGGCAGCUUCGUCGGCAGAUGUGGCUGCAAACUCUCCGCACAAGGCUGAUGGUUGGAGGAGGCAUUUUAAUCUUAAUCUGCCUCAUCUGGUUGAUGUUUGGUUAA